CAGGAGAAUGCCAUUAAUCUUAAUUCUGAAUAAGGUGUAUUUGGAGUAAAGAUGUUAUACAAGAUCCAGAUUUUUGAAUUACUUUUGCAUCAGCCAGCCUGCCUCGAACCAGACAAGCCUGAAAGGGCACAAAUUAUCCACCAACUUACAGUCACUGGUGUAAUGACAUGAACAUGGGGGUGUUAGAGGCCAGGAAAUCUGUAAAGGAGUGGGGCUGAUCUGGUAGGGAACGGGUCGCUAAUGUGACACCUCCUGUGCCCCACUAGGGUUGGAAGGAGGCAUCAUUCAGUCUGAACCUUACAGCCGGACCAUGUGGACGGCUGAUGAACGAGUCGGCAGUGGAAUGCUUAGCAGGCUGUGACGACUUUGCACAGAAAUAGGAAAAUUUAUCGCCGGCUUGCCACAGCAGUGCCGUACUGCCCGCUUUCGGUGGUGCGCCCGUUCUGUGCACUCCCGCCCCGCUCGGCAGCCCGGCCCUCCCGGCUCCCGGCCCCCCUUCCCGGCACCGAAAUUAGGGGCUCGCUGUCACCAGCCUGGAGCCGUCCUUCUUCUGCACCUCACGCACCAACAGGAGGGUUUCGCUGCCGCCGCGCAGUUACCGGACAAAGAUAUCCCUGUGCCCGAACGCGCCGGCUAUAUCGCAGCUAAAGAGGCAGUAGGUUUGAUUUGGCAAGUCAGUUGGAAAAGGAGGAGUGGAGAAGUGCCCUGUAACCAUUGAACAAUAAAAAAUGAUCAGCUGUGGAACUCUAUUGUGAAGACCUCAGAAGAAAUACCAAUAUUUCCAAUCAGCUUUUCAUAAUGUAAAUAUAUUUUGAGCUUUCCCAGAUGGGCAGCUAAACCAUGAACAUGCAGAAAAGCCCAAUUUGGACUGUAUUUCUGAAGCAGACUUCACCUUCUCUCUCGGGACUUUAUUGAAGGAUUACAGCUGAAGAGGACAAGAGAAAAAAAACCUUGAACAGGAAUCUUAUCCUACAAUGAGAAUUACAAGUACAUCUUGUAUCUGCCCAGUCCUAGUUUGUCUCUGUUUUGUGCAGAGGUGUUAUGGAGCUGCUCACCAUGGCUCCGUCAAGGUGACCAGAAAUCAAACCAAACACAUAGAAGGUGAAACAGAAGUGCAUCAUCGUCCAAAGCGUGGAUGGGUGUGGAAUCAGUUCUUUGUUUUAGAAGAACACAUGGGACCAGAUCCUCAGUAUGUAGGAAAGCUUCAUUCCAAUUCCGACAAAGGUGAUGGAUCAGUCAAAUACAUUCUUACUGGAGAAGGGGCGGGGACUAUAUUUAUUAUUGAUGACACAACUGGUGACAUCCAUUCAACCAAAAGCCUAGAUAGAGAACAGAAGACACACUAUGUGCUUCAUGCCCAAGCUAUUGAUCGACGGACAAACAAGCCACUCGAACCCGAAUCUGAGUUCAUUAUCAAAGUGCAGGAUAUCAACGACAAUGCGCCAAAAUUUACAGAUGGACCAUACAUUGUCACUGUGCCAGAGAUGUCUGAAAUGGGUACAUCUGUUCUACAGGUGACAGCCACAGAUGCAGAUGACCCCACAUAUGGAAACAGUGCCAGAGUAGUGUACAGUAUUCUUCAGGGACAGCCAUAUUUCUCUGUUGAUCCUAAAACAGGUGCCUGGGAUAGAUGGAAAAAGUAUUCACACUUCCAUAUUGACACCAGUCUCAAUGCAUUUCAUUCACACUUUGCAGAUAAGCAUGCUGAAGUGCUCGGAGUCAUCAGGACUGCCUUGCACAAUAUGGACAGGGAAGCCAGAGAGCAUUAUUCCGUUGUCAUUCAAGCCAAAGAUAUGGCUGGGCAGGUCGGAGGGCUGUCAGGGUCAACAACUGUAAAUAUCACACUCACAGAUGUCAACGACAAUCCACCCAGGUUUCCUCAGAAACAUUAUCAACUGUAUGUCCCUGAGUCGGCUCAAGUUGGAUCAGCAGUUGGCAAAAUCAAAGCAAAUGAUGCAGACACUGGCUCAAAUGCAGACAUGAAGUACACAAUUAUAAAUGGGGAUGGCUCUGGGGUAUUCUCCAUAUCUACUGACAAAGAAACAAGAGAAGGAAUUCUCUCUCUGAGGAAGCCACUCAACUAUGAAAAAAAGAAAUCAUACACACUUAAUAUAGAAGGAGCAAAUACUCACCUUGAUUUUCGCUUUUCGCACUUGGGACCAUUCAAAGAUGUAACUAUGCUGAAGGUCAUUGUUGGCGAUGUGGACGAACCCCCGCUCUUCACUAUGCCAUCCUAUGUCAUGGAAGUUUAUGAAAAUGCAAAGAUUGGGACUCCUGUUGGCACAGUAACAGCGCACGAUCCUGAUGCUGCAAACAGUUUAGUGAGAUAUUUCAUUGAUCAUAACACAGAAGAAGAUAGGUAUUUCACCAUUGAUGCUAGUACUGGGACCAUUAAGACUGCCAAGAUCUUUGACAGAGAGGAGACACCUUGGUACAACAUCACAGUGGCUGCUUCUGAGAUAGACAAUCCUGGGCUAGUCAGCCACGUUCCAGUUGGUGUUAGAAUCCUGGAUGUUAAUGACAAUCCUCCCGAACUUGCCAGAGAUUAUGAUGUAAUCGUCUGUGAAAAUGCAAAGCCUGGUCAGGUAAUUCAGACUAUCACUGCUACUGACAAAGAUAACUCUGCAAAUGGCGCAAGAUUCCAUUUUUCUCUUGAUGAAGGGCUUUCUUUGAAUCCCAACUUCACUCUAAGGAACAAUGAAGAUAAUACAGCCAGCAUCCUGACAAGAAGAAGGAGAUACAGCCGAAGCACUCAAGACAUCUAUUACCUCCCAGUUCUGAUUUCAGAUGGCGGCGUGCCCCCUCUCAGCAGCAGCAGCACACUCACCAUCCGUGUGUGCGCCUGCGAGAGAGACGGACGAGUGAGAACUUGCCACGCUGAGGCUUUCCUCUCCUCGGCUGGCUUGAGCACAGGAGCUUUAAUCGCAAUCCUGCUCUGCAUUGUCAUUCUUCUUGUUUUCUCUUUAGCAAUUGUGGUCCUUUUCAUAACCCUAAGACGUAGCAAGAAGGAGCCUUUGAUCAUUUCAGAAGAAGAUGUCCGGGAAAAUGUUGUGACAUAUGAUGAUGAGGGCGGUGGAGAGGAAGACACAGAAGCAUUUGACAUCACAGCACUGCGGAAUCCAUCUGCUGCUGAAGAGCUCAAAUACCGGAGGGAUGUUCGUCCUGAAGUGAAGCCUCUGUCCAGGCAUCAUCCCUCCUCAAGCCUUGACAGUAUAGAUGUCCAGGAGUUCAUUAAACAAAGACUGGCAGAGGCUGACCUGGACCCCAGUGUGCCCCCAUAUGACUCCCUGCAGACAUAUGCCUAUGAGGGUCAUAGAUCAGAAGCUGGGUCUAUCAGCUCUCUGGAUUCAGCAACGACACACUCUGACCAGGAUUAUAAUUACCUUGGAGACUGGGGACCUGAGUUUAAGAAGCUAGCUGAACUCUAUGGGGAAAUAGAACCAGAAAGAACAACUUAGUUGUAAUUCUCAGAACAGAGAAGUUCCUAAACAACUGGACAGAUAAUGGCAACAAUGGUAACACAAAAAAAAAAAAAAAAAAAAAAAAAACAAAAAAAACCUGAACACUGUACUUGGAACUAAGUUGUAUGCAGUUACUGUAGAACAAGUGCCCUUUUCAUAUUUGAAACUGGGUUCUCCAAUUGGAAGAAAGUCAAAUUUUGGAAAAUACAGAAAAAAGAAUCUAUUGUCCCUUGUGUAUUUUUUUUAAAUUGCUUAUUAAAGUCUCUGGUACCUUAUCUGCAACAAUACCUAAAGUAAAGCCAAGAAAUGACGUUUUUAUUGCAAUAUGGGUAACAGCUCCAAGCUGCAGUAAGUUUAUGGUCAUGUCUGUUUAAGAAGAGAGCUAGGAGAGGAUCAAAUCUCUUGCAGGUGGUUGUGAUGUUGUGUUACUAGCUGUGCUGUAGGCCUUGUGAUCCCAAGGUGAGGUAGACAACGAGGUUUACUAUCAGUGAGAGAAGUGCUACCAGUCUGUUUCCUUUACAAAGGUGAUAAGCCACACCUGUCCUCUUAAAUAAAUGUUCCUUUGAUGAUUUAAUCUUAUUGACUUAGAAGGUUGCAUUGAGAAGCUGUCAUUUCAUUAUGUCCUUCAUAAUCUUGUCAUCCAUAACCAGCCAACUGAUGGAGGGCAUCAUUAUCUGUAACUCAAACAUAGCUCUAGCCCAUAUCCCCAGACUUGCACUGUUACUGCGUGCUACAGGAACUGAUGUUUCCAAUGUUGUGAUUUUUCCUCUAAAUGGAAUAGGCCCAAAGUACACUUUAUGCAAGGAAGCAGAUGAAGCAUAGACUUUUUCAAUAAAAACUACAAUGGCAGCACCAUUAAACUAUGCAGUUUUUUGGUUCACUGUGCUUUACUUAUGUCAAGAGCUGAAGCUUUUAAAAUCUUUUGCUGGUCUGACUCCAGAAACUACAAUACUCUGUUUAAAACCCAGACUUCUUAAUCAUUAUGUUUUUCUAUUUCUGUAUGUGACUGAAAGCAAAAUAGAGCUGCUGGCAAGACAUUGGGAUAGCAAAAAUUUAAGCAAGGAGAAUAAGAUGAUGAUGCUUUUUUUCUUCUGAGUUCUAUAUACUGAUAUGUAUUUUCCUUCGAGUAAUUGCCACCACAGCAGAACAGGAUAAUUUUUCUCUAUUUCAAGCAUCAUGGAAACAGGAGCAUUUUAAGUCACUGAAGGGAAUAUACCAUUACUGUUGUUCCUAUGGAUUAAAUAAAUUGAUUUCUUACAUUAGCAACUGUAGCAUUGCAGAAGUGGUAGUUCUCCUUAACAUAGCAGGCUGCUUAACACCUAACCCAGCAAUUCUUUUUCUUUUUUUAGCAUUGCAGCAGCAGAACUGCUAAGCAGCUCUGCUUAACACCUCAUCUACCAGAUUCCGAUUUUUUUCCUUUCCUUUGUUUGGAAUUUUAAUCUAUUCUUUGUCUUUCUGAUGAUAAUAAUGUGACCAGGAACUCAUAAUAUCCCAUGAGACAUUAUGACUUAUAAUGCUCACAAUCACUGUUAAUAGUCCUCUGCUCCUAACUGUAGCUCCACUUUAGGGAAAUGGACGUCUUCCAGUAUGCAUUUUAUUGGAAAACUCUCCAGAGUAGAAGCUGUGCACUUUUUCAAACUCUCUGGUCUGGUGUGCAGAGUGAUACAGAUUUGUAUGCUGCUCUAGAUUCCUCCCUCUGCCUUUUAGGUACCACUUACAUUCAGCUUAGUAAAAAAGAGUCUAUAUUUAUUGCUGUGAGCCAUACAGGUGAAUUAGAUAAUUAAACCUUCUUUUCUUUACUCUAUGGUUGGAUAGGUCCUAGACAUGACUGAAAUGUCUUAUCAGUUUACUUUCAAUGUAAUGUUUUUAUGGUUUGGGUUUUGGGGUUUGCGUGGGGUUUUUUGUUUGGUUUUUUUUUAUUUGGUUUUUUUUGGGUUUUUUUUUUUUUCUGAGAUAUAGUUGACUGCUUUUGGUUUAAACAUCCUUCUGGAAAAAAUAGCAAGUAGCUUUGCAAGCAACUUUUACACUCUAAAAAUUAUUAGUUGCACUGUUGGUCCAGAACUGGGUUUUUUGCAUACUAUUUUGUUUAAAAUUUGUAAUGUUUAUUUUUUCUUUCAGAAUCUGAACCCACAGGAAAGUUUAGUAGGGAAAAACACCUGAAGCCUAAGAUAUUCUGCUUAUGGCUUGAAAGUAGUUGAAUAAUUUGUGUUAUUUUUUAAAAUACUUUUUAUGAAAUACAGAAUCUUUUAGAAAAGCUUUUAGGAAGCAUUCUUACUGUAGAGUGAAGUUAGAUGCAGUAAGAGUUGCACACAAGUUGGCAAUGGUUGUAUUUAUUGUCUUUUUUGGGGGUAGAACCAUGAUAUGUUUCAGUUGUGUCCCAAAUAAAGCAACAAGUAGUGUGCAAUUUUAUUAGGAGAAAUUUUCUUUUUGUUUAGGUCACACUUGAUUUAUGCCAACAUCUAAAUUUUUGUAGUGUAUGAGUAGCGUGUUUAAAACAAAAUGUUUCAGCAUUACUACUACCGUAAUAAUUUGUAUCACAUCUGCAUGAAAAUUGCAUUCAUUGUUGUAUUAUAGUUUUGAGAACUAAGUAUUAGUUAUCUUUACGUCUAUUCCCUCUGGCCCUACAGCAAAGCAGGGAAAAUCAAUUGUAUUUUGUGUUUAAGGCAGUGUUUGUGCCAUUGUUUUUUUUUAUUUACAUCACAGAACGUCCAUGCUUAAAGGCAACAGAAGAGCAGUGACACAAGCAAAUAGUCACUCUUUCUGCUAAUGAUCUGUUUAAGUUAAUAAUAUCUCAGAGAAACAGCAAUCCCCUUUUUUUGCCAUUCCUGGUGCUCUCUUUGCUGCUAUACAGCACAUGCAUCGUACCCCAGGAAACCUUGAAUCCUUUAAAACUCUGCAGGGUUAUUGAGACGCUGCUUCUGUGAUGCUGCGGUGUGUCCUGUUUGGUACGUCCUAUCCACAGUGAUCGCCAAAUGUGCUUUUCUAUCAUGAUAUGUCUGCAUGCUUGCUAUGCUUACUGUGUUUUAUUCAAAUACACAUCACAGUGUCGUGUUGUUUGCAUGACAAAUAACAGAAUAUGAAAUCUUAAGGGCCACAGAAGAAGGCCUCACAGGGCAGAAAUAACAGGUUUACCUUUUUAUUAUCCCAUUCUCAUUUUUUUUCCCUUGGUCCUUUGUGUCCUAAAAACAAAUUAAAAGGUAUUUGAGAAAUUCUAUGUUGACCUGGAUUGAAGUUGAAGAAAAUUAACACUGGAUGGCACAAUCAUUUUGUAGCAUUGCUGAUUUAAACAAAGUAUAUAUUCAGUGAAACUAUUGUGGGAAACUUUUUCUCGGUUUAUGGUUAAGUCUGAUUAUAUAGACUGUAUUUAAAGCUUUCAUGGAUCUUUUGUGUACCCAUAUUCUCAAAUACUUUCCUAUUAGCCUAAAUAGUAAUCCUGUUGCUGCUCAACAACUAAAUGCUGAAAACUGCCAGUUUGACUUAAACUGGAAAUACUGAGUAAAGUUAAAUGACACAUGCAAAGUGAUACUUAAAGGCUUUUCUAUUUACAAUUUGACUUCUACAACAACCAUUCAACUAAUAGUACAUUUCUACCAAAAUAAUUAGUUGCAUUCCUUCAAAUACACCCUCUUUCUUGUAAUGGUUAGGGCACUCGGUAUGCUGUAUUCUUGACAAGUCAAAAUAAUCUGAAGAAAUAGUCAGUAUAAGAAUUGUAAAAUGUGAAACUAAAUUGUCAAAGUAAAACCUGUCAAAAAUGUAAUUUAAUGCACUUUAAAGACAAGGAAGAGCUUGAAUUCAGCUGGUGUUAGAUUGAGUCGUACAUUGAAAAAAAUUAAUUUUUUUAUAACUGCUACCUUUUGUUACAUACACAUAGAAUACUGCAAAAGUUGAAAGUAAUUUUACUCUGUUAUGCACUUUAUUUUUUUUUGCAUUCUUCUUAGAAAACUAAAAUAACUGCAAACAUUUUUGAGUUUUAAUUCUAAGUGAUGCAGUUGUUUAGAUUGUGAGUACUGAAAGGAAAUGUCUAUUGGAAAGUGUUAUUUCUGGUAUUUAAAAGGAAUUGCAAAAUUGUUGUGGUCUAAGAAUUUUUUCAAUCGUCCUUUAGAAAAUAUAAGUAUUGGACCAGUCUGGAAUUUACCAAACUCAUAAACUCACACAAGGGUAACAAAGUGAAUAUUCUGAAUGCAAAGAAGGAUAUAAAAUUAUGCCGCCUAGCAUUUCUUUGUGGAUUAUAAAGUGAUAAGACCUUGUACCUGCAGUACAUAUAAAUGGCACAGUGCAUUCUAAGGAACAUUGGAAGUUUGUUGCAAGUUUUGGGCCAUUCUUAUUUUUCCAAAGUCUCCAAAAAUAUAUAUAUUUUUUUUAACAAAAGAAUAUUGUAAAGUAUACCUCCUUAUGCAAGUGUUACUGAUAGAAAUUGUUACAUUUUCUUUUAAUAAACAAAAGGGACAAAAUCUUUUAUUCGUAUUUUUCAAAUAAAAUGUGCUCUUUGCUAUGGUGAUGGGUAACUGUAUUCCUCAUCACAACCAGA